AAAUUACCUUUUUAGAGCCGUUUGGAUGGACUUAUAUUUUCGAAUUCUAAGCGGUUAAAACUAUUCUGCUUAAAAGCACCUAAAAUAAGUGAAUCCAAACAGGCUCUUAGUCCAAAACCUAAACGAGAGGACAAACCGAGUAAAUCGUCCACCGGCAAGUGACGUCAUGAUGGAAGAACAAGUAAAGGGAACAGUGACGUCACUAUCCUCAAUAUUUCCAGUAGAAGAAGCACAAAAAGCAUCAAAGCGCGUGGAAGAAACUCUCUCUGAGCGUCAGUUACAGUUAAACCAGCUCCGAGAUUUUGUAAAUGACAAUAAUACCCUUAUUAACCUUGUUCAACAACUCCCCGACCAGCUCCACCAUGAUAUCAUGGUUCCGUUUGGUAAAGCUGCGUUUUUUCCUGGACGUUUGAUUCACACCAAUGAAUUACUGGUUCUUCUAGGAGAGGGUCAUUAUGCUGAAAGGACAGCGAAGCAAACAAUUGAGAUACUGAACAGAAGAGGGAAGGCUUUGGAUGUCCAAGUGGAGUCUGUAAAGGCUUUAAUGCAAGACCUUAAGGCUGAGGCCUCAUUUUUUGAUGCUACAGCUUCCGAGGCAGCGGAAGGUCUUGUGGAGAUAAGAGAAGACUAUGUUGAGGAACCUUCUCCUAAAAAGGCAUCUACAAUAGGCAUCGUGAAAGCUGAGCUUCCUAUUUUUUCUGAAGCUGAAGAUGUAUCUCGUGUUGAAGAUGACGAAUAUGCUCGCAUAUUAUCCCGAAUGGCUGAACUCGAGAAGGAAGAAGAAGAAGAAGAAGGAGAAGAAGAAGAAGCUGAAAAUGCCAACAGAGAAGAGCUAGGUAGAGCUGGAUCAGAUGUCAGCUCAGGUCAUGUUAUCUUGGAAGAAGAAAUGAAAUGUUCAGAGCUCAAGAAAAGAGGUGAAUCUUCAAGAUUUCAGUCCACUGAAAAGUUUCCUGAUCACUGGCAUGUUGAAGGUUCAAAAGCAACAUCUAAAGAUUGCAUUGUAUCAGGAAACUGCUUACCUGAUAAUCUAGCUUAUGGCAAGUCCAAUUUGGCUGAGAAUGCUCUGACAGAACCUCAAGCGAAAGAGGAUGUUAAGGCUCCUAUUAUAGCUGAAAACAAAGCUGUUGCUCGUCCCUCAGAACCACGAUUCGACAGCAGUAAGGCUUUUACUGGCAGCAUCAUAGAACGCACAAGUGAUAUUAAUUCAAGGGAGCAAUCUGUCAGUCGCAGCUCAAAGCCAGUAUCGAAGUUCAAAAUGCAGAGGAAGUAGCUGCAAUUAGUAUUUCUUCAUGUGGACCUCAACCUUACAAGCUUGCAUCAAAGAACACACAAGUUAACCUUGAUAUCAACCCAACAUAGUAGAUUAUCAGUCUCAGCUUCAUGAUGUAGAGAAAGUAGAAUUGGAAAGGGGAACUGUUUAUAUUCGAAAACAAUUUAUACUCUAUUGUGAGUGCCAAUUGUUUAUA